CACAGUUGUGGACAGCCUUACAAACUAUGCAGUUUAAGGAAAAAACAAUGUUGGCAAAGGAAAGAAAACAUGCACACUUUCAACGUGGCAUUAAUUUGGAGAGUAAAACAAGUGUUGUGACUUACAAUUAGAACGGCUUCAGUUUCCUCAAGAAAACACAGGGUGGCGCUGCAGGCUAAGCUUGUGAUUAAAAAGCACUAAAAUACCCGGAAUCACUGUUGAGAAAACAGAACAAAAGACGCAGGCAAGAGCUUUGCAUGCACUACAGAGCUAUGAAGGGGCUUGGACAAGGAUAUACUGGAUUAAUGUAAGAUUAACAGCAACGUUGUGAAGAUCCCUCCUAAAAAGAAACCAGAAACCAGCGUUUUAAAGCACUGGGAGACUGCUAAAGGAUUGGAUGCAAGCACUCACUUUCCCAGCAUGGAGAAGAUGGAGAGAAUUCACCCAAACAGGCAAGUCAUGGCUUUUAUUUUUAUGCUGGUUUGGGUUCAGGUUUGGAGUGAGCCAACAACUCGGUACUCUAUCAUGGAGGAAACAGAAAGCGGCUCCUUUGUAGCCCAUCUGGCCAAGGACCUGGGUCUGAAAUCUGGGGACCCGGCAGCCAGGUCUGCACGGGUGGUGUCUGAUGAUUACAAGCAGCGACUGCUGCUGGAUCCCGAGACUGGAGAUCUGCUUCUGAGGGAGAAACUAGACCGGGAAGAGCUCUGUGCCUCUGUGGACCCCUGUGUGCUGCAUUUCCAAGUGUCUUUGGAAAAACCAGUGCAGUAUUUUCAAGGAGAAUUACUGAUCCAGGACAUAAAUGACCACUCACCAGAAUUCCCAGAUAGGGAAAUGCUUUUGAAAAUACGAGAAAACAGUCAGCCAGGCUCACGGUUUUCAUUAAAACUAGCUCAGGAUUUGGAUGUGGGCAACAAUGGGCUUCAAGAGUACACAGUCAACCCCAACUCUCAUUUUCAUGUCCUCACUCGAAAUAAUAGUGAAGGCAAGAAAUACCCAGAAUUGGUGCAGGACAGAGCCCUGGACAGAGAGGAGCAGGCAGAGCUGAGCUUGACCCUCACAGCUCUGGAUGGGGGCUCUCCACCUAGGUCAGGAACAGCCAUGGUUCGAAUCCUGAUCCUGGACAUCAAU